AAAAAAGUCUCCCUUUGGGGCCGUAAAGGCUGUGGACCAGAUUAAAAAUACCACAAUGUCCUGCCCUCUGCAUAACUCUCUCAUUCCUGUAACAACUCUUACGACCAAGCAGGACAAUUUCCAAUUCGAUCCCGAGCGUUUCGGCCGGCCGCUUUGCGAAGUCCCCUUAUUCCAGACCGCGACGAUCCCGUCCACGCUCGCUAAGGAUCGAAAAGCUUUCAAGCCAAGGUUUAAGAUCAUGCCAUGCCAAUAUGCGCGUAGUAUUGAAACCGCAGAGCCAGAGCUUAUAGAGCCGCCGCGGAAGAGCAGCUCCAAGCGGAAGUACAAGAGUCCCGAGGGUUGGCGGAGUAAGCACAAGCACCACUCCACCACACGCCGAUCGCCGUCGCGACAGGCUACUAUUUCUUGUCCCUGCGCGCGGGAACACAAAGCACCCAAGGCGUCGGAUCAUACAAGGUCUUGCGAGUUCUGUCAUGUAACCGAGACGCCGAAAUGGAGGUCUGGACCAUCAGGACGUCGUACCCUCUGCAACGUCUGUGGAUUGCUGUACGCUAAGAGGGAGGAAAAGGCCCGGUCGUUCUUAUUAGAGAGGGAGUUUGGAUGCGACUCUGUUUCUGACGCAUCGUCGUGGUCUACAAAGGUCUCAACGGAGGAUUCUCAUUCAGCAGGACUGCGAUGACCAUUCAACCUCAUAUCCUCUUAUACCCUGCCAAGCGGCCCCCAAUGAUACCUCACUGCCCCUCACUCUUGGCAGGUGCAUUUGCAAAGGCACGGCAUGCAUGGGCAGGAGAGGAAACAUUCACAUUUUUUUAUUGCAGCGUUCGAGCGUCAUAAUCAUGAAAGAAACUGAUGGCGCAUUGGAGAUCAGGAAACCAGGCAACAUAUCAGGAGUGUUCGGAGCAAAUAAAGUUUAAAGAAAAUACUAAACCCAUUUCAGCAAUUUUUUCCGGUAAUAGCAGAAGAGGAGCGUUGUCAAGAUAAUAAUUGC